AUGGCGGACGCAUUCAAACCUCGUACCAUGAAACGCAAGAAUGUCAAGGGACUCGCCCUCAAUUCCACACCAAAGCCAGCAUCCGCCCCAUCCGAAGGCGAUGCUCAGGUCCCUGGGGCGGUCGGAAAUACAGAGAGCACACGGUCAGAUACACUGGAGAUUGGGCUUGAGUUCAAGCUCGAUUUGCGCAGUGAGGAUUUGGUGACUUUGAAGGAGGUCGGCGCAGGAAAUGGCGGUACAGUCGCCAAGGUUAUGCAUGCCACGACAAAGGUCGUUAUGGCACGAAAGAUCAUUCGUGUCGAUGUGAAAGAAAACAUCCGCAAGCAAAUCCUCCGUGAGCUCCAGGUCGGCCACGACUGCAACUCGCCUUAUAUUGUGACAUUUUACGGCGCCUUCCAGAAUGAGUCGCGUGAUAUUGUGUUGUGUAUGGAAUAUAUGGACUGUGGCUCUCUCGACCGCAUCUCCAAAGAGUUCGGACCUGUCCGUAUCGACGUCCUAGGCAAAAUAACCGAAUCAAUCCUUGCAGGCUUGGUAUAUCUAUAUGAAAACCACCGAAUCAUGCACCGCGACAUCAAACCGUCGAAUGUCUUGGUCAACUCCCGCGGAAACAUCAAAUUGUGCGACUUUGGUGUGGCUACUGAAACAGUCAACUCCGUCGCCGAUACUUUCGUCGGUACUUCGACUUACAUGGCUCCGGAACGUAUCCAGGGAGGCGCAUAUACUGUUCGGUCUGAUGUGUGGAGUGUUGGAUUGACCGUGAUGGAGCUUGCCGUCGGACGAUUCCCGUUCGAUGCAACCGACUCGGCCGCCGGCGAUCGAGCCAGUGCAGGGCCGAUGGGAAUUUUGGAUCUUCUACAACAGAUUGUGCAUGAGCCCGCGCCGAAAUUGCCCAAGAGCGAUGCUUUCCCUCCUAUUCUGCACGAGUUUGUGGCAAAGUGUCUGCUCAAGAAGUCCGAGGAGCGGCCGACACCGAGGGAACUCUACGACAAAGAUGCUUUCCUGCAAGCCGCCAAGCGGACGCCAGUUGAUUUGCAAAAAUGGGCUCGGAAGAUGAUGCACGCACAGGAUCGUCACUCAUAUCUCGAACCUCCCGCUCCAGCUUCCCUCAAAACGGCAACGACGACAACAUCUAGCAGUCCUUCUCCGGAUAUGACACCUCGAGACACACCUGCUACUACCGUGUCUGCUGCACCAUCUCACCCUACUCCUACAUUUGGAGAUAUUCCACUCCGAAAUGAGGUGACUUCGGCACAUAAACAACAUUUCAGCCCUUCCUCCCACCAUAUCCCUACGUCCCAUCAUGGCGACUAUAGCAACCACAAUCAGUACGCGCAACAGCAACCACAGCAUGCAUCGCAUAAUUCUAGAUCGUCGCAGUCUUCUUCAAGACAACAAUCUCCUUAUCUGUCUCUAGAACAUUUGUCUCUUGAAAGCGAAGAGGCUCGCAACGGAAGAGGCCGUUCCCCACGCACCUAUUCUGGUGAACCUCGAUCUGCAAUUGAUCCACCUUCUCGACCACAUUUCCCUCGAGCAUUGAGUUCUAACCAUCAGGGCGGAUUACAUACCGCUACGUUACCUAUGGGAGCUGCUCCUCCACCAUCCGGACCACUCCCGCCUCCUCCGCAGUCCGCUGGAGAAGCGUGGCGAAAUCAGUACAGAGCGCGAGAGAAUAUGACCUGA